AGGUCAUUGCCUCAUUAACCAAUAAAUGCCAUCCAUCACUCUAUCUCCAACAAAGCAGCUCUCCCUGGAAUUAAAUGCCACCCAGACCCCAUCUCUGCUUGAACGAUGUUCGAAAAUGGAGGAACUCAAGCGGAUUCAUGCACACAUGUUCAAAACAGGUCUUGUUGCAGAUACCAUCUUAGUAAGCAAAGUCCUUACUUUCUGUGUGUCUCCGAAAUAUGGUAAUCUAGAAUACGCCCAGAUGGUUUUUGAUAGAGUAAACAGACCCAAUACUUUCAUGUACAACGCCAUGAUUAAAGGAUAUGCAAAGAGCAACAAACCAGAAAAAGCCCUUCUUCUAUAUCAGCAUAUGCUGUAUGUUUCAGUUCCACACAAUUCCUACACUUUUCCUUUCUUGCUUAAAGCGUGUUCCAGUUUGUCAGCCAUGGAAGAAACCAAGCAAAUUCACGCUCAUGUCAUAAAGUUAGGUUUUGCCUCGGAGGUUUAUGCCACAAAUUCCCUGCUUCAUGUCUAUGCAACAUCCGGCAGCAUCAAUGCUGCACGUCUGCUCUUUGACCAGGUCUCUGAACGAGACAUUGUUUCUUGUAACACAAUGGUUGACGGCUAUGCAAAGUGUGGCAAGAUGGAAAUUGCAUAUGAAAUUUUCAAGGACAUGCCAACAAAGAAUGUCAUUUCUUGGACAACUAUGAUUUCUGGCUAUGUUGGGGCGGGCAUGCAUAAGGAAGCCUUGAAUUUAUUUCAUGAAAUGCAGACUGAAGGUGUCAAACCUGACAAUGUUGCCCUGGCAAGCAUUCUUUCUGCUUGUUCAUGUCUUGGAGCACUGGAUCAAGGGAGAUGGAUUCAUGCAUAUAUUGACAAAAUAGGAAUUGAGAUUGACCCAAUCUUAGGCUGCGUUCUUAUAGACAUGUAUGCAAAGUGUGGUGACAUGGAAGAAGCUUUAGAACUUUUUAAGAAAGUGAAGAAAAAAGAAGUCUCUUUGUGGACUGCACUAAUUUCUGGAUUUGCAAUUCAUGGCCGUGGAAGAGAAGCACUUGACUGGUUUGAGAAUAUGCAAAAAGAAGGAAUCAAGCCAAACCAUAUCACUUUUACUGCAAUUCUGACAGCAUGUAGUCACUCAGGACUGGUUGAUGCAGGAAAAUCAUUGUUUGAGAGCAUCAGCGGAGUUCAUAAAUUGAGCCCAAGAAUUGAGCAUUAUGGGUGCAUGGUUGAUCUGCUAGGCCGAGCAGGGUUCUUGAAAGAAGCAAAGGGAUUGAUUGAGAAAAUGCCUGUAAAACCAAAUGCUGUUGUUUGGGGAGCACUGCUCAAUGCCUGCCGGAUGCAUAGAAAUGUUGAAUUAGGUAAAAAGAUAGGGAAAAUCCUGGUUGAAGACGAUUCAGACCAUGGUGACCGGUACAUUCACUUGGCAAGCGUUCAUGCGGCAGCAGGGGACUGGGACCAAGCAGUUCAAACAAGGAGGCAGAUGAAAGAACGAGGGGUUUCCAAACUUCCUGGGUGCAGUGCAAUUAGUCUGAAUGGGGUUGUCCAUGAAUUCUUAGCCGGAGGUCGGUCCCACCCACAUACAACAGAGAUUUACCACAUGUGGGACAAUAUUGCUGAAAGACUUAAAAAGGAAGGAUAUAAACCUGCAUUGCAGAAUCUACUGCUUGAUCUCGAGGAUGAAGCCAAAGAAAUGGCAAUCAAUCAGCACAGCGAGAAGCUUGCUAUUGCAUUUGGAUUACUUAGAACUAAACCAGGGACGACAAUUAGAAUUUUCAAGAAUCUUCGGAUAUGUGAGGACUGCCACACGGUAACAAAACUUAUCUCAGAGAUAUAUGAUAGGGAGAUUGUCAUGAGGGAUAGAACCAGGUUUCACAUUUUUAGGAAUGGCAACUGUACUUGUGGAGAUAAAUGGUGAGGAUGGAGAGAACACC